AUGGUCAUGCUCAUGGUCACGCUGCUUUUGUUCGGCGAGCUGUCGUCUCGUGUUUUCUUAACUGGUCAGCGGAGGUUUAUCGGUGGACAGAUACCAAGGGACCAGGAGAAGGCUAUUGCAAGCCAACCAUCGGCCAAGAAGGCAGUCAUCUCACAUGAAAACAUCUACACCAUACCCAACAUCCUCACCGCCUCUCGAUUCGUCGUAGCUCCUAUAAUCGGCUACUGCAUUCUAAACGGUGACCACACCCUAGCCUUAUCCCUCUUCACCUACGCCGCAGUCACCGACCUGGUGGACGGCUACAUCGCGCGAAAAUGGAACCAGCAAACAGUCGUCGGCACAGUCAUAGAUCCCAUGGCAGACAAGUUCCUAAUGACCAUCGGCGUCGUCUGUUUGGCCAUGAAGGCCGCUAUACCAAUGUGGUUGGCCGGCCUCAUACUCGCUCGUGACGUCGGGCUGGCUUUCUCAGCCAUAUACUAUCGGUGGAUAUCCCUCCCUCCACCAAAGACGAUGACGCGGUACUGGGACUUUUCUCUACCUUCGGCUGAAGUGAAGCCUACGGAGGUGUCGAAGGUCAAUACCGCGCUACAAUUGGCUCUUCUUGGAUCAGCUAUGGCUAUGCCCGUGCUACCGGAGGCGAUGAUGACGGCCUGGUAUCUUCAGGAAGGGAUGAUUGGAUUACAGUACUUGGUCGCUUUAACCACCUCAUGGUCUGGUCUGCAGUACAUCUUUAACAAAGACGUUGUUCGAAUCCUGCACGAUAACAAGGGCAAGGACGGGGACUCAAAGGGAAACUAG